UUGUCAGAUGUCUCCGAAUGCUACGGACACGCUGCUGCCACAGCAGAAACCUCCUCAAGUGCAACAGGCGAGGAGUCCUCCGCCAGCCGCGGAUUUAGAAAAGGCUGCCUCUACAGAGUCUUGCAAGGACACUGGGGUCACAGAAUGCACCUGCAGAGAGAUGGAAUUGGGAGUAGGAGACGCGGUGUUUACGUGUUUCGUGGUAGGGCCGCUGGUUGUGAGCGUGUGGCGCGGGACGUGGGGCCUGAUGGAGCUGGCGCCGGACUACUUCCCCUACGCGCAGACCUACCUGCUCUCCAUCAUGGUGCACGUGUGCUUCGCGUUACUGAGGUUAGGAAACAGUGUUCUUGUAGUAGUUCCGCUGGUC